UCAUAGCUCCAAGUUUCAGCUUGUCGAGCACUCUACGGCUACCCAUAAUGGAAAAAUUCAGCAUCAACUACUCGUCCAAGAAUAUCCCACUACCAUCACGUAAUGACUACCUUCAACGCCUCAUCGAAAAGACCGAGCACUUUUUACGCAGAAUGCGCUGGAAAGCCCACUUCUUUCUCAACCCCGAUCCCACUUCGUCUUCAAAAGAAACGUACGGCUUCAAAUCGACCAAAAACCCUCCUCCUAUUGAUGAAUUAAAAGACUUUGAAGACGACAUGCUGAAAAUGAUCCAGUCCGUAAAAUUCAAAGAAACGAGCAGCCCAUUCCUCAACAAACUUAAAGAAGACAGCGACCGCAUAAAAAAUAAACCGAAGCUCCUAGUCGCCGCCGACAAAACUACCAACUUCUAUAAACUAGAACCGUCAGCCUACAAGAAUCUCCUCGAAAAAGACAUAACAAAAUCCUGCAAGAAAGCUCUACCCGAGACCACGCAAGCCAUCCACAAAGAAAACAAAAACAUCGCGACAAAACUAGGAAUCGACGAUAGAAUGGACACCACCGCCAACAAACAAGCAUUUAUAACACUCAAAGACCACAAACCGAACUUUGCUAAUAAACCGACCUGCAGACUCAUCAACCCUACCAAGUCCGAAAUAGGCAAGAUCAGCAAAAGUAUCCUCGACCGCAUCAACACCACAUCGCAACAAAACGUAACUUUCACCAAUGGAAAAGCACUAAAGCCGUAAUCGACUGGUUCACAUCAACAAAGAACAAGACAGCAUCCAACUUUAUAUGUUUCGACAUAGUGGAAUUCUACCCAUCCAUCAGCCAAGAACUCCUAAACAAAGCCCUCGACUUCGCCGCUAACUACGACUGCAUCACCGCUGAAGAAAAAAAAACAUCAUAACCCACGCCAAGAGCUCUAUCCUAGUUCACAACCAAACACCCUGGCACAAAAAAGGCAACUCGACAUUCGAUGUGACAAUGGGAAGCUACGACGGCUCUGAAACAUGCGAACUUGUAGGCAACUUCCUCCUCUCCCAACUCCAAGACCUUAACAUCAACGUAGGACUCUACCGCGACGACGGACUAGCCAUCACAAGCGCCACACCUAAAAA